ACUCUUACCAUCAUGGCUGCGGACGCGUGCCAGGGAUGCUUUCAGAUCAUUGAUACGGACUCGGUCAAUCUCAAGGGUGUGGGCAAGUACCACGCCAAGUGCUUUGUGUGCGUCGAGUGCCGAGGACCGCUGGAUGCCGACUUUCACAUGAAGGACGGCUCGCUGUACUGCGCCAACCACUUCAACGCCAAGUUUGGGACGCGAUGCGCAGCAUGCAACCUGUUCCUCUCGACGCAAGUUCUUGCUGCGGGCGAGAAAAAGUACCAUCCAGCGUGCUUUGUUUGUGCCUCGUGCAACCAGGCGUUUUCGGACGGGUACGUGGUUCGCGACGACUUGCCGUUUUGCGAUUCGACGUGUGCCGAGCGCGGGCCUGUCUGUGCAGAGUGCCGCAAGGAGCUGACGGGAACGAUCUCGCGGAUAGGCGGGCGGCGGUACCAUGUUGCCUGUGUCAAGUGCUCGGUGUGCAAGACGCCGCUCGGCGAUGACGAGCUCAAGUCCAAGAACGGCAUCCUCUACUGUCCGCCCGACUAUAACCUCAAGUUUGGCGAGCACUGCUACGGUUGCUCCAAGUUUCUGGGCGAGGAUCGCAUCAAGGCCAUGGACCACAAGUGGCAUCCCGAGUGCUUUGUGUGCACGGCGUGCAAAACCCCGUUUGCCGGCGGCUCGUUUGUGGUUGACUCCAACAAGCCGUACUGCUCCAGCACGUGCGCUGACGCGUGA